AUUAAAGAAAAGAAACACAAGAGAAGAGGAUAGCUGGGGUUUAAGCCAGGUGAGGAAGGAGCGGGUGGCCUCGAGGGUUUUUCAUCCGCCGAUCUAGGAACUGAUGACAAAAAAAUCCUGCUCAGGUGCUCUCCCUUGGAUGAUUCAUUUUGGAUGCUCCUUGGAGGUAAACAUGACCAAUGUGGUAUGAGCAUUCCUUCGCUGUCAGUGAAUGCCCUCUGUGUAGGUUACAUCAGAAUAUGGUGGCGCAGAAGAGGUUGGGCUAUGGAUCUCGUGGCCGCCAGAUUCCAGCCAUGCCAUAUGUUCCAAACUCAGUUCGGGGGAAACGCACCAGGAGAAGAAAUAAAAAUGAGAUGUGUUCAUUUGAUUUGCUUGCGACCGUUGCCAGGACACUAUUAACAGACCAGGACAGUUCAUCGAAUGUUGCUAACACUAGUGGAGCAGCAAAAAGUUAUGCCAGAAAUAGAAAAUCAGUUAAAGAAAAAUACUUUGAUGAAAUUUUGCCCCUGAAAAGUGUGGCUGUGAAGAAAGACUGCUGCGGUGGAUGUGUAGUGAGUUCUGGUGAUGUCUCUGCCUUACCUAGGCAAGCUAAUGAUGGCCUGGAAGAAAACUCGUCGACAAGAAAUGAAGCUGAAUCAGUACUAGAGUCACUAACAGUGAAAUCAAAUAUGCUAGUUAGGGACUCGUCAGUUAGAUGUACAAGACCAUGUGAGAUUAGUCAUGGUCUUGGCAUAAUUCGUGAGCAUGGAGCUUUUGGAGUACGCCAUCCAGGAUCCUCAAGUUCAGCAGAGGCUGUACAAGCGCAUCAAGCUGAACCCAUCAGAAGACAAGCAGAUGGGCAUGCUGCAGCUCUUGACAGCUUGUUUGACUCUGUGGAUCUGGAUGGCAGACCUCCUGCUUUGGCUAGUUCUGACAGUAGCUCACGUGUGCUUUUGUGCAGCCAUGACAAGGAACAUAAAGCCUUGUGUAAGAUUGAAGUGCACCAUACUGCAGAUAGAGACAAUGAUGAAAAUUCUUCUGGGUGCACACAUCCAAGCGCCACAGGAAAUGAGGGUUACAAACCACAUUAUCUAGGUAACCAUAGGAUCAGGAAAUUGCUUGCCUCAAAGGUAAGGAAGACAGCACGUAAGACUUGUGGAGGGAUGUCCAACAAAGGUAGCAAGCUAAACUUCUGCGGGAAAAAGAUACCCGCCACAUGUCAAAAGGUGCAAAGGACAAAUUUCAAGAAGACAAAGCUAGCACGAGGUACAACUAAAGGGAUGCUAACUGGAGCCAGUGGAACAUCAUUCACUACAAAAGGUCGAGAUAAAUCGUGUGGAUCUGAGGACUACCAAGUUAAGCUAAGGAUCAAGUCAUUUAACAUCCCAGAAUUGUUUGUUGAGAUCCCUGAAACUGCAACCAUUGGUUCAUUGAAGAGAACCGUGAUGGAUGUUGUCACUAGUAUAAUGGAAGGUGGCCUACGUGUUGGUGUUCUUCUUCAAGGAAAGAGUAUCCAAGAUGACAGCAAGACACUGCAUCAAGCUGGGAUAUGCCAUGGUGAAAAACUAAAUAACAUAGACUUUACGCUGGAAUGUGAUCGUCAGCAAGAUUCUCCCUCUGGAGUCAUAAUACCGGAAGAAAUGGAUUUUGCCAGUGCAGAUAUUGUGGAACCAUUAGCUAGGAUGAAAUAUGAAGAGCCGUUUCCUGAAACUGAAGGUGGUUGUGGCAACCAGCAGCCUAUGAAGCCGUACCUAAAUGGCUCUCUAGCUGGUCAUGUUCAUCAUCCUGUUGAAAUGGCCUCACAAGAUACAUCAGCAAGCUUGCAAGCCAUAAUCCCUGUUGCAGCUUCAGACUUGAAUGCUCUAGCAAUUGUGCCUAUUUGCAAGACCAGACAAUCUGAAAUCGGGCAAAGGCGCACAAGGAUGCCCUUCUCUGUUGGUGAGGUUGAGGUGCUGGUGGAAGCCGUGGAACAGCUCGGGACUGGAAGGUGGAGAGAUAUUAAAAUGCGUGGAUUUGACAGUGCUGAUCACAGGACCUAUGUUGACCUUAAGAUUGAUGAACCAGGACAAGUGGAAGACCCUGGUGCACACUGCAAGCAUAUCCCCACAACAGCGAAGAGGCGAGCCAGUUCCGCAAGAACUCCUGGACCGAGUGCUCUCAGCGCAGGCCUACUGGUCCCAGCAGCAGGCAAAGCUUCAUGGAAAGGCUCUUGUUCCUGAGAUUUGCCUUGCCUAGAAAGAGGAGAUGCUCCUUGUAAAAAUUGUGCCUAAUAAUAGAAACAAGGCAGAAGGGAUAUGCAAAGGAAUCAGACUAAUUUGUGUGUUAUUGCAAACUUUAACAUUUUUUUUCUUUGGUCUCUGUUGAAGCCAGAGGUUCUCUCUCCUCUGUGGAUCAAUAAGGGAGAGAACCUUGUUUGACACUUGUAGAUGAUGUUGCAGACUGUUGCUGCCAUGUUUCAUAAGAAAGCCUUGAGCAUACA